AAUAAUUUUUGUUUUGAUCAACAUCAAUGGAACGCUUGAAAAAAUCAGAACCGGUGACCCUUUGGUGCAGCAUGUUGAACUUGACACGGACAGUGAUAGCGACAACUGAGAGACAACUUGCUAACCUAAUCCAAAGAUACAUACCAGUCUCAGGAGCAGCGAUCCAGAAUCAAUGUAACAAGGAAAUCCACAGCAGUGCUGUGGUCCAGGCUGAGUUUGACAGAAGGACAGAACCUAAAUUAGGACGGUUUGAUGUCCCAAAGAAAAAAUGGAUCAGGAACAAUGAUGUUGUCUAUCCACCUCAGCUGCCUGGGGAACCAAGGCGGCCAGCGGAUGUUUGUCAUGCCAGAAUGAAUAUCAAAUAUUCUAGAGACAAGUUAUGGUACACAGCAGGAAUGAUUCGUGGGAUGACCAUAGAUGAAGCGAUAAAGCAACUGUCUUUUAGCCCACAUAAAGGAGCACAUAUAGUCUUAGAGGUGCUUAAGGAAGCUCAGCAAAUAGCUGUUGAAGACCAUAAUGUAGAAUUCAAAUCUAAUCUAUGGAUCGAGGAAUCCUUCGUAAAUUCAGCAAUGAAAAUAAAGUAUAUGACAGGAUCAAAACGUGUGAAUUUGAGUUCUUGCCAUUAUUAUGUUCGCCUAUCAGAGGGCAAACCACCAAAACAUUACUUUGAACCGGAGAAAACAGGUUAUCAGAAAAUGGAAGAAUAUAUCAAAAACCAGCGAGAAAGAAACAUCAAGUGGUCACUUUGAUCACUUAUUUUAAAGAGAUGCCAUGGAUUGUUUUCUGUACUGUAAAUACUCUGUGUUUACAGGGAUAUUGUACCUGGGAGGGAUUCCUCUUUAUGUCGCCAUUUUUUAGAGACUUAUUCAGAGGAGAAAUUCGCUGUGACAACAAUUAAUAUCAUCUUACUGAUUACCAGGUCCGAUCAACACUAGACGAAUUGAUAAUGGAAGGUUACUACACUAAUGAAGCUGAGGUUGCAGAAAGUAUCCAUCAUCCAUCCAUCGCCUGUACCGCGAACUACCAUACAGAAAUAAGUCUACAUGGUCAGUGGUAUUCUACCUAAGUUGGGUAUGUGGCAUCCCUGUGCCAAAUGGAUUCAGCAUUGUUAAAGUGAAAGGUGAAGUGUGAUAGGAUCAUGUAGAGGGAACUCCAUGAUGACCAACCUGUCAGGUGAUUUUUAAGAACAAUUUGAAAUUUUUCUCAAGUUCCACCAGGCUUAUUCUAAAACAACUAAGCUACAAAUAAUCCCACAGUUUACAGCAAUUGUUAUGACAUAAAGUAACAUGAUGUAAUGUCUACAAACCACAAUUGUUGAAAGGUUUGGAAAGGCAGAAUAAAAACAGAUGGGUGUUUUAUUGUGUGAUGAUUAUAUUAAUAAACAAAUACAUGUAUUCUAUAAAAAGUUAUAAAAAGCUGUUGUUUUUUAAUCAAAUAACAAUGUACAGUGCAACUUCCGAAAACCGAACCCACCUCUGAAUACCAAACAAAUUGUCAUUGUACGAAAUUGGUCCUUCUUUAUUAUAGUAUUAAAAAACUUCCAAAUACCGAUCCCUCUGAAUUCCGAACACCGGACCGAUUUUGUGUCCGGUUCCUGUUAAAAUAUACCAAAAAUUACUUCUGAAAACUGGCCUUACCUGAGUGAUUAUGACACGAGGUCAGGCCAGUCAACCGUGAAACAACACCUGUGAUGGGUAUUGUGUGAAGCCUAAUUGUCUCGGGAUCUACAUAUACAUUUAGGUGAUUUGUACAGGUAUCCAAUAUAUACCCCAAGGGGGCAUUAUGACUGUAGGUCACACUUCAUUGAAGUGCGGCGGUUUGAUUAUCUUCUCAAUGCAAGUAGAGCUAGAAGCCCGAUCGCAAGUUUCGCAUCUUAUUUAAAUGAGGCCCAAAGGGGGUCUUUUUUGCAUGGUCAUAAAUGAAGCCCGUGAUUUUUUUUAGACAAUACCGAUGUCGCAGAAAUACGACCAGUAUCAAGUGAUCAAUUGUAAUUAAUAUUGAAACAAAAAAUCUAAACACCCUUUCAUAUUAUUCACUGUGUAAAAUAUUCUGUAUCGGCCCCAUCCACAUGACGAAGCUUCACCGGAUGUAACAAAAUGUACAUUGAUCGUAAAGUGCAGUUGUCCAUGUAAAAAUACUGUUUAAAACUACAGUUAUAGUUAUUUGUCUUUCUUAUAUAAUCUGCAAUAUAUACAUUGAUUAAUUUUCAUAAUAUUCAUAUUAUUCAGACAAACCAAAUUUUCUACAUACGUACGUGCCGGUUUGUAAUCGGGUACAUUCUAACAAAACAUCGCCACGAACAAAUUAUAUCCGGACUUUGACAGGUCAUUAUUCUAUCAACUUCUCCAAACCGAACCCUCUGUAAACCGAACAAAUAUCCAUGUCCCAUGUAUGUUCGGUUUAUAGAGGUUCCACUGUAAUUGCAUUCACUGACAUACUUGUGUAUGUGUAAACAUGUUCUGUUCUAAAUUAUUAUACUCUACUUGAUACUAUAUGAGUUUAAUAUGUGCUCACAAAGAAAGCCAUAAGAGUAAUAAAUAUUUAGUCGUUGAUGUGUCGGACGUUGAUGGUACCCCGAAAGUUUUCUGAAAUAUCUGCUUCAAAAUGAAGACACUAAAGUGAUAACUAGACAAUUGUAUUUAUAAAAAGAAAGGUGACCUUGAUCAUAGCUCUGAUACAAAUUAUUACAAUUACAUGUACAACCAGUUUUUCUCUAUAUCUUAUGAAUUGAUACUUUGUUGUAAUGAUCAAACAUCAUAAGUCAUUCUAUACAAAUCUGGGAAAUUUCAUCAAACAAUAUUCUACAGUGAGGAAUUUUAGUCCGUGUACAUCUGAACAAAGCAUGAAGACAGAAAAUCACAUAGACAAUAAAGACAAACUACUGAU